AUGCUGGCACUCACUGGAUCUUCUGCGGUGUCUACCACCCGCCGGACGACCCUCCUCGCUGCCUUCCAGGGCGUUGUCCCCUCCAUCACCUCGCUCGACGCUGUCCACCUUCACUUGGUCAAUACCGCCUCGUCCGCCUCCGAUAAGACUCUCUCGUCCGCCUCCUCGGCGGAGCGCAAGAUUCUGGAUGAUCUCUUGACGUACGGCGAUGAUGUACGGCUGGAUACGACCAGGUCUUUUGUCGAGAGCGGGAUGAAGGUGUCUGAGGGGAUGAUGGCAAUCUACGUCUUGCCUCGGGCAGGCACCAUUUCCCCCUGGUCGUCCAAGGCCACAGACAUCUCCAAGAUCUGCAACCUCGGCGACCACGUCACUCGGCUAGAACGGGGUACACUAUACCUCCUCGGCUCGUCCGCCCCGCUCUCCCUCCCUACCCUUCGACCCCUCCUCCACCUCAUCCACGACCGGAUGACUCAGCUCGUUCACACCUCCCUCCCUCCCUCCGACACCAUCUUUCCCCCCACUCCUCCUCAACCGAAUGGGCUCAUCUCCGUCCCCAUCAUCGGCUCGGCGGAUCCCCAGGCUGUCCUCGCUGAAGCCAACGUUCGGCUCGGUCUCGCCCUCUCCGCUGAGGAGAUCCCAUACCUCGUGGAGUCGUUCCUCGCGGCCGGGCGCAAUCCCACAGACGCCGAACUCUUCAUGUUCGCUCAAGUCAACUCGGAGCACUGCCGUCACAAAAUCUUCAAUGCCAAAUGGACCAUCGAUGGGGCGGACAAGGAGCACAGUCUGUUUGGGAUGAUCAGGAACACCGAGAAGGUCAUCAACUCGGCUGGGACCAUCUCGGCGUACGAGGAUAACGCGGCGGUGCUGGAGGGAUACACGGCGCCGAGGUUCGCAGUGGACGAGGGAGUCUACGGGGCCAAGGAAGAAGCUAUGCCGAUUCUGAUCAAGGUCGAGACGCACAACCACCCUACAGCCGUCUCGCCCUACCCUGGAGCGGCGACCGGAUCGGGCGGAGAGAUCCGGGACGAAGGCGCUGUCGGUCGAGGAUCACGCCCCAAAGCGGGUCUUUCGGGAUAUACCACCUCGGAUCUGCUCAUUCCCGGCUUCACCCAGCCUUGGGAGUCUGAUAUCGGUAGACCUGCCCAUAUAGCUUCCGCCCUCGAUAUCAUGCUCGAAGCUCCCCUCGGCGGUGCGGCGUUCAACGACGAGUUUGGCCGGCCCGCUCUCGGCGGGUACUUCCGGACAUUCCUCAUGUCUACCCCGUCGGCGUCAGGCGAGCCAGAAUGGAGGGGAUACCACAAACCCAUCAUGAUUGCCGGUGGUCUGGGGAAUGUUCGGCCGCAGUACGCGCGCAAGGACAAGAUCACGCCCGGCGCAAAGGUCAUUGUGCUGGGUGGUCCAGGGAUGCUCAUCGGUCUAGGCGGAGGCGCGGCGUCGUCCAUGGCGUCAGGCGCGAGCACGGCGGAUCUGGACUUUGCGUCUGUCCAGCGCGAGAAUCCCGAGAUGGAGCGGAGGGCACAGCAGGUCAUCGACGCUUGUGUCAGUCGAGGGGACAACGGGAACCCUAUCCAGUCGAUCCACGAUGUGGGCGCUGGCGGUCUGUCGAACGCUCUGCCCGAGUUGGUGCAUGAUGCUGGACUCGGGGCGGUGUUCGAGAUCAGGGAUGUCCUGGUGGACGACCCAGGGAUGAGCCCGAUGGAGAUCUGGUGUAACGAGAGCCAGGAGCGCUAUGUCCUCGCCGUCUCGCCGGAGGAUCUCGCGCUCUUUGAGUCGAUAGCAAAGCGCGAGCGAUGUCCCUUCUCCGUUGUCGGUACCGCCACAGCAGAGGAGCGACUCGUCGUCACCGACAAGCUCAUUGGCGACUCGGUCAUCGAUAUCGCCAUGUCGGUGCUCUUUGGCAAGCCGCCAAGAAUGCACCGGCAGGGAACGACCAUCUCGCCCAAGCGGGAAGCUUUCGAUUCGUCCCUCUACUCUUAUCUCCCGGUAUAUAAGGGCGCACCCGUCACCUCCUUACUCGCCGAGACGAUCAACCGCGUCCUCCGUCUGCCCUCGGUCGGCUCCAAAUCCUUCCUCAUCACCAUCGGCGAUCGAUCCGUCACUGGUCUCGUCACCCGAGACCAGAUGGUCGGGCCCUGGCAAGUCCCCGUAGCGGACGUGGCGGUCACUCGCUCGUCGUACGGCUUUGACGUCAAGGUCGGGGAGGCUAUGGCCAUGGGCGAGCGUACCCCUCUUGCCCUGCUAAAUGCCGGCGCUUCUGCCCGCAUGGCCAUCGGAGAGGCACUUACCAACCUCGCCGCUGCGUCGGUCGAAAACCUUGGUCUCGUAAAGAUGUCGGCCAACUGGAUGUCUGCGGCCAGCCACGAGGGCGAAGGAGCCAAGCUGUACGAGGCGGUCCAUGCGGUCGGGAUGGAGCUGUGUCCCGCGCUCGGUGUAGGGGUGCCGGUCGGAAAGGACUCGAUGUCCAUGUCGAUGAAGUGGGCGGGGGAGAAGGGGGAAAGGAAGCAAGUCACCGCGCCUCUUUCGCUCAUCAUCACCGCAUUUGCACCCGUGAAUGAUGUCGAAAAGACCUGGACGCCGGCGUUGCAGACAGGGGACAAGAUCGGGGAGACGGUCCUCAUCUUUGUUGAUCUGGCCCGGGGGAAGCAGCGGCUGGGUGGAUCGGCGCUGGCGCAGGUGUUUUCGCAGCUCGGGGACGAGGCGCCGGAUGUCGAGGAGGCAGGGGAUCUCAAGGCGUUCUUCACGGCGGUCCAGGCGCUCAAGUCUACGGAUAUCGUUCUGGCGUACCACGACCGAUCGGAUGGCGGGCUGUUCACCACCCUCGCCGAGAUGGCAUUCGCGGGUCGGGCGGGACUCGAGGUGUCUCUUGACGCCAUCAGCCACGCCGGUGACUAUAUCGCUUCUCUCUUCAACGAGGAGCUCGGCGCGGUCAUGCAAGUGCGCGUGGCGGAUCUCCCCGCAUUCACCGACGCCUUCGUCAAGGCCGGAUUCCCUACUCGGUACACGCACUCGAUCGGCCGGGUCCUCGGACACGCCGACCAGUCCAUCAACCUCAUACAUCAAAGCGAGGCGAUCUACACGUCUACCCGCGGGACCUUGCAGCAGCUAUGGGCGGAAACGUCCUACCGUAUGCAGGCAAUCCGGGAUGAGCCGAACUGCGCCAAAGAGGAGUUUGACUCUAUCCUCGACGACAGCGACAAGGGUCUCACCUAUACCGUCAAGGCUCCCUUCCUCCCUAUGGUCGCCCGGCCCUUAUCUUCCCCACCCAAGGUCGCCAUCCUCCGGGAACAAGGCGUAAACGGUCAUGUCGAGAUGGCGUUUGCGUUCCACGCCGCUGGGUUCGAUGCGGUCGACGUCCACAUGUCGGACAUUAUCACUGGCGCCAUCUCCCUCGCGGGCUUUGCGGGCCUCGCGGCCUGCGGAGGUUUCUCGUACGGAGACGUCCUGGGCGCAGGAAACGGAUGGGCCAAGUCGGUCCUUCUCAACUCCAACGCCCGGCGCGAGUUCUCAGACUUCUUCAACCGGGAAACCACCUUCGCCCUUGGGGUGUGUAAUGGCUGUCAAUACUUUUCGCAGCUCAAGGCGGUUAUUCCCGGGACGGAGAGCUGGCCGGUGUUCAAGAAGAACCGGUCGGAACGAUUCGAAGCGCGCGUCUCGAACCUGCUUAUCGAGGCGACCGACUCGAUCUUCUUGAAGGACAUGGAGGGGUCGAUACUGCCCGUCGCGGUGGCGCAUGGAGAAGGGAGGGCGUCGUUCGCAGAGACAGGAGACAAGGCGGCGUUGGAUGCGGGCAAGCUGGUGGCGGCGCGGUAUGUCGAUGGGGAAGGGAAAGUGACGGCCAAGUACCCGGCGAAUCCGAAUGGAAGUCCCGAGGGGAUCGCGGCGGUCAGUACGCGCAGCGGGAGGGUGCUGGCCAUUAUGCCUCAUCCGGAGCGGGUGAUUUCGGCGGAGAGCAAUAGUUGGUUCUCGAAGGAAAUGGCCAAGGAGAUGGGCUGGGAAGGGAGGGGACCGUGGUUCAGGUUGUUCCAGAAUGCUUAUAGGUUUGCGACCGAGGAGAAGUAG